AGAUAGGACCGCGACGGCCGUUGGCGGUACAAUCGCGGCUUGCCACCAGUGUUGCCGGGUACAGCUCACAGCCAACACGCGCGACACAACAUGAGUGCUCUCUACGCGGUACUGUUCGCCUCUCUGGCUAUAGCCAACGCAGGCAUCCUAUUAGAGCAUGCUCCCGCGUGUCCAGAAUCGUACGGAGUACAGGCGUAUGCGCACCCCGAGCUGUGCGACCAGUUCUUCCUCUGCACCAACGGAACCCUCACAGUGGAAACUUGCGAGAAUGGUCUGUUAUUCGACGGCAAGGGCGCCGUGCACAACCACUGUAACUACAACUGGGCGGUAGACUGCGGCGAUAGGAAAGCUGAUUUGACUCCCCUGUCAACACAUGGCUGUGAGUACCAGUUCGGUAUCUAUCCCGACAGCAACGAGUGUUCUACCAGCUACGUCAAGUGUGCCUUCGGGAUCCCCAACCAGGAGCCGUGCACCCCGGGGCUGGUGUACGACGACCGCAUCCACGGCUGCAACUGGCCUGAUUUGCUGCAACCUUUCUGCAACCCUGAAGCGGUCGUCGGCUUCAAGUGCCCCACAAAAGUGCCGUCCAACUCGCCCGCGGCCAAGUUCUGGCCGUUCCCAAGAUUCCCAGUACCCGGAGAUUGCCACAGGCUCAUCACAUGUGUGGAAGGCCAGCCCAGACUAAUCACCUGCGAGGAAGGCAAGGUCUUUGAUGACCAGAACCUCACCUGCGAAGAUCCUGACAUUGUUCCUCACUGCGGACACGCGUAAAUGUAUUUUUUGUAUUGCAAAACGAAACCGUGUCUUUCGGAGGUUUUUGGGUAAUGCGAGAAUGAAAGUUAGAUCCCCAGAAAAUUAUAUCUUACUUGCUCCAAUGUUAGUAGUUUUGAAUUUGCUAAAUAAUAGUCCGAUCAAGUGGUUUAUCAAGAAAAUUAUGAUUAUUAAUUACAAGCAUAAUAAUGAUUUAUAACAGUACGAAAAUAUAUACAUGAUCUGAAGUUCCAACCAACAAUAUGUUUGAAUCUCAAAUUUUAGUUCACGCUAUAUUUACAAUUAAAGAAGUUGUAGAUUUCGAACGUUUUCGUUUUGUAAUACUGAAUCACUGUGUUUUAACUUAAUUUUUUCGAAGUUCUGGAUAUCAUCUCCACCGAAAGCUAUUUAUUUUACUAAUUGUUGUAUAAACAAACCGACAGACAACACCACAAAUCUUACGUUGCCAAAUACAGAUUCAUUCGUGCGUGAUAUUAGUUACCGUAGAAUUAUAUAUGUUUGAUGUUUUACCAUAUGGGAGUCAUAAUAUAAUAUUAGUUAUAUAUUUUCAUAUCUGUAAAUACUGCGAAAAGAGGAAAUGUAAAUAGGAAAUAUUGUAUGUUGAAAAAAUAAAUAUUUUUUAAAUA